AUGAUUUUAUUACAGCUCACAGUUAUUGGUUAUAUAAACACUGGAAAGACAUCCCUAAUAAAUUCCAUCAUGAAUAACGAAGUUUUCAGCAAAUACGCUCAUACAGAUAUGCCCAUGGUGUAUUAUAAGGUGCACAAGGACAAGAACCGAACUUUCUGCGUUGAAAUAGAAGACACCUCCGUUGAUGUAGACAUAAAUAUUUUCACAAAUAUGCUAAGGAAAGAAAUAACAACCAAUAGUAACACCACGAGAAAUCCAGUAUUCAGUUUCUUUGAAAAGCCAUCCAUUCCUUUUAAAACAGAAGAUAAAUAUAAUUCAAUUAGCUAUGGGAGGAUGGCUUAUUUUCUCGUUUUUGAUCUUACAAACCCUUCAACACUUGAAUAUGUUAAAACGGUUUAUUUAAACAUGUCAAGUGUAUAUGAGAGAUAUUACACACUAAAACCAUUUAUAACCCUUGUUGGUAAUAAAUCUGAUUUAGCAAGUGAAGACUCCGAGUUAGUUAGGCAAGCUGAAAACUUCGCCAACGAAAACAUGGUUCAGUUGUGGCUAACAUCAGCCUUUACAGGAAAAAACGUUAAAAAGCUGUUCUUGCACAUGGUUAAUAUGGUUUACAAUAACACGAACUUGUGGAAAUAUGAUAUAGAAGACUCAGGGUCUGAGUCGUCAGAAAGUUGA